AUGCACAAAGUUGUAUUGAUUUUCAUAUUAUCUGCUGAUCUCCCUAUCUCUACAGAUUUGCACACAGAAGCAGUCCAAGCAGCUCUGGCCAAAUACAAAGAGAGAAAGAUGCCGAUGCCUUCAAAGAGACGCUCUGUGCUUGUGCAUUCAUCACUAGAUGCAUACACUCCUCCAGACACAUCUUCAGCCUCGGAAGAUGAGGGCUCACUCCGUCGCCAGGGCCGGAUCACGUCCACUCCAAACCAGGGCCAUUUGAACGUAGAGCACUGGCUUAACAAGGUUAUCCAGAGCUCCUCCACCUCAUCCUCUGCAUCGUCCACCUCAUCACAUGUAGGAGGGAAACCUACUGCUUCACUAGCUGACCUCAUGGCGCAUACCCAUUUAGAUAACCACUCAGCACCACCAGAUGUGACCACUGGCGCCUCGGAGCGUGCUACCCACUUUGAGCGGCCACAGGUUUCCUCAGUUCGCGGAGUUCCUUGUGGUUUCAACAGUAGCAAGAUGGAAACUGCUGAUGGUGUGCCUGUAAAUAGCAGAGUUUCAUCAAAAAUUCAACAACUUCUGAACACACUCAAACGACCCAAGCGACCACCACUAAAAGAAUUCUUUGUUGAUGAUUUUGAAGAACAGUUGGAAGUUCAACAAGUCGAUCCUAAUCAGCCAAAACCAGAAGGUCUUCAGACGACGCCAUUACAAGGAGAUCCACUUGGUGUAGUGACGAAUUGGCCCCCAUCUCUGCUGGCAGCUGUACAAAGGUGGGGAACGACACAACAGAAGGCGGCUUGUCUGACCUCAUUGGAUACUGCAGGAAAGCCAGUUUACACGCUCACCUAUGGGAAACUGUGGACUCGGAGCCUCAAGCUAGCUUAUACACUUCUCAAUAAACUGAGCAAUAAGAAUGAUCCGCUUCUGAGACCUGGUGAUAGAGUGGCUUUGGUGUAUCCAAAUAAUGACCCUGUGGCAUUUAUUGUGGCAUUUUACGGUUGCCUUUUAGCAGAAUUAGUUCCUGUGCCCAUUGAAGUACCACUAACUAGAAAGGAUGCUGGCAGUCAACAAAUUGGCUUUCUGCUUGGCAGCUGUGGUGUGACAGUUGCACUCACCUGCGAUGCCUGUCACAAAGGAUUACCAAAGUCUCAAACUGGGGAUGUAGUGCAAUUUAAAGGUUGGCCUCGACUGGGUUGGUUUGUAACAGAUGUUAAACACUUGUCAAAGCCUCCGAAAGAUUGGCAUCCCGUGAUUAGGGAUGCUGGCAACAAUAUUGCUUACAUUGAGUAUAAGACCAGUAAAGAAGGAAGUUCAAUGGGUAUAACCAUAUCUCAGACUGCCAUGUUAGCACAUUGCCAUGCCCUUAGCCAAAGCUGUGGAUACACUGAAGGGGAAACAUUAACAAAUGUUUUGGACUUUAAAAGAGAUGCUGGGCUGUGGCAUGGCAUUUUAACUAGUGUCAUGAACAGGAUGCAUGUGAUCAACAUCCCAUAUGCUCUGAUGAAGGUGAACCCUCUUUCCUGGAUACAGAAAGUUUAUGCCUACAAAGCUCACAUUGCUUUGGUAAAAUCGCGGGAUAUGCACUGGUCUCUGUUAGCUCAACGGGAUCAGAGGGAUGUAAGCCUCAGCUCACUGCGGAUGCUGAUUGUAGCAGAUGGUGCAAAUCCAUGUGAGUAUGCCAUCUUGCUGUCUUCACACACAUUCUUCACAAAAUCUAGUGACAAUAACCAGCAUAACCCCCUUCCAAUUUUACUUCAUUCUGCAUCCAUCUUUUCUAAGUCGCUUGUCAUUGCACCUUUUAAAUUCCAAACUGCCUAG